AUGUGGACGGACGCGCGGGACGGCGGCGAGAAACGAGCCAGUGACGUCGGUCGCGUCCGUGUCGUCAACCGUCUCGUGGCGCUGACUGGGGACAUGUUGUACUUGGAUAAGCACAUACAAGACAAGUGGUUUGUGCUGCGGCUGGCCGUGUGGGCCCUGCGAGGGGUGACCCGGGUGAUUCUAGCCAACAACCCGCUGAGCGGUGCUGUCAUGCUGCUGGCGCUCUACUGGGCCUCCCCCUGGCAAGGUCUGCUGGGAACACUGGGCCUGCUGACCUCCACGCUCGUGGCCGUCAUCUUGGGACAGGACAGCGCAGAAGUGCGGGGAGGACUCCGCGGCUUCAACGGGAUGUUGGUUUCUCUGCUAAUAGGCGUGUUCAACAGCGCCGGAGACUGGUACUGGUGGCUGCUGCUGCCGGUUUGUUUGGCUUCGGCCACAAGCGUCUUCUUCUUCAGCGGUCUCUCGCCAAUUCUGGACCGCUGGGACUUGCCAGUUGCGGUCUUCCCCUUCAACAUGGUCAUCGUCCUCUACUUCCUGUGCACCGGCCCGGAUAACCCCUACUUCCCGCACCGCCUCGCCGUCCCGCCCAACUCCGUGCCGCACAACGUCACCGCACUCAGUGCGGCCCAGGUGUUGCAAGGCAUCCCCCUCGGGGUGGGCCAGAUCUUCGCCUGUGAUUCCUUGGGUCCCUCGCUGCUCAUCGUGGGCGGACUCUGCCUUUACUCCCCCCUGCUUGCCGUCCACUCUCUGCUGGGCUCGGCAGUUGGAACGCUGGCUGGCUUAUCCAUGGCAGUGCGCCACGAGUUCCUAUACACUGGUCUGUCUGGUUUUAAUGGCGCUCUUGGCUGCAUGGCUGUGGGAGGACUUUUCUUCACCUUCAGCUGGAAGACUCACCUGCUGGCCAUCGCUUGCGCGUUCCUCUCUGCUUUCGUCGACAUCGCUUUGAGCAAUCUGCUGGGAGCUAUGGGCCUGCCGGCGUGCAGUUGGGCAGCCACACUGAGCGUCACGUUGCUGCUGCUGCUGCCGGGCAGUUUUUCGGCCCACCGGAUCCCCCUGGCUCAGGUCAAGGCCCCUGAGCGGAACCUGCGCUCCAACGCCCAAUGGCAAGCUGCCAGCACCGUCGAAAGGGGCAGCACCGACGUCUAGCUCCCGACAUUUGCCAGUCUGGUCCCCGGGCCCGAUUGCACGGAUACGGUGAAGACAACUCCCAGGUGACAACUGAAGGCAACUUUUAUUAUGACUUUGCACAAGUGAAGGAAUAAUUGUGUGUGUGUGUGUGUGUGUGUGUUUACACAAGGUUACCAUUGUGGUUGAUUUGCAAUACAUAUCCCAACAUUUUUAAUUGCUUGUGUGACCAUGCCAAUGACCUUUUUCAUUUUUGUGAAUCAACAAGGUGCGAGACUUGAGUUGAUCAUAAGAAACAUACAAAAGUGAUUCUCAGAAUGUCAUGAAUUGAUUGGUUGAGUGUCAAUUGUAAAAAAACGAAACAAAAAAACAAGAAAAAGAGUAUAGAAAUACAAAAUGCUUGCACAAA